UUGGUGAUCUGUCAAAUUACAAAAACUGAAAACUCGCUCGAACAUUUUCGUGUUACUCCUUUCGUAUUUAAUAACACUCUUUUCUUUUACAUAUUUAUAUUAUUACCUUUAUCAAAUGUAGUUCUUGUUUAAAUUUUACAUGUGACUCGUGUUUAUGUGCCAAAUUGAUGUUUCGACUUUACUGGUAUUAUGAAUCAGAUUGAUCAAAAUAUAAACAAAGAUAUGAUUGAUUGUGAGCUGAUAGACGUGGAUUCUCUGGACCUCUCGGAUGAUCAGACGUGGUUGUUCAUAGUACCAAAAGAUUCUGGGGACAAAGUCGACAUUAUUGAUUGGAAUCUGUCCUGUGACUGGCCUGUUGAUGAUAAUGAUUAUUUGAAGGAAGAAUCAGAACUAUAUUCCCUGCUUGAUAAUAUUCUUCAAAAUGACGUCGCCGCGCCAGACAAACAAAAGUUCGACUCCAGAACCUUCGUCCGACCGAAGAAGCGAUUCACACGACCGAGCCUCCACACCAUGGUGGACAACCUACACAGCACAAAACUCGCUUCCAUACCACAGAAUGAAUCCGUCAAUACGAAUAGCAAUAAGUACUUGACGUAUAAUAAGUAUAACUCGCCUAGUCCCAUGCUCAGGUUGAAGACGUUCAAUGUAGAUGUGAAUACGGAUAAUAGCGCGGGGGUCAAGGAUUUGCUGAAGAGGAGGAGCUUGGUUCAGGAGGAUGAGCGGCAGCUAGAAGACGAGGACGUGACACUAGUCUCAGACACCUCGUCCACGGGGCGGCUCUCCGGAGAGCACUCGCUGUCGCGGCCCAUCGACAUCGACCUGUCGCAGCCCGCGCACAACCUGCACAAUACCUUUAACAAGGGCCUCCACCCGACCCUCACGUCCCUAGGCAGCAGUGGCAUGUACUGCAGCGGGGAGAGCCUCCUCCGGAUGUCUCCGCCGAGCCUCGUGUCGUCGCUGCAGAUGGACACGGCGGAGCUAGGCGGCAGGGAGCGGCCGGCCAAUGGGAGACCACCAGCUCAACCUUCAUCAGGGCGAGAAAGUCUAGACCACAACAUGAUGACGAGCAUGACGCUCAGCAUUCUAGACGAGAAGGACAUGAGCACUAGUUUCCUAUCACAGACCACCUACCCAGAUAAUGAUAGUCUAAUGGACUCCCUCCCGCCCAGUCUAGUUAGCUCCGUCAACUCUUCCUACAUAGUACCAAACGCGAAGUUAAGAACCGAUAGCCAAAUGGAAACCAAUAUAUUCAGCUCCGCAACUUUUACCCACUUGGAACAGUCAGAGAAAUUAUUGUCAGCGAGGCCUAGAUGUCAAAUGUUUAAUAGCUUGAAACGAGAUUCGAAUGUACGCAACUCUGAAAGUUACACGAAAAGUCGGGAGGAAGCGUGUCAAAUAGAUAUACUCGGCAAAGACAAAGAUAAUAAGAAAGCCGAACAGGAAAUGGCCGAAACUAUAACCUUACACUAUAAUAAUAAGUAUGAUAACGGCAAAGAGGCUGAAAAAGAGAAUUUGAACUCUACGUUCGAGAAAGACGAUGCGUUUUACCGAGACAUGGGCAUGCAAAAGACUGUGGAACUCGGAAAGGGAAGUCUUAACGUCACUCUAAACAAACAGGAGCUGAAUGAAAUUAUUCAGGCGCGACAAAAGUUAUCUUUAGCUAGAAAAGCGCUGCCUACAGAUGAAAAACCGUUGCCCAACCAAGUCGAUACGUCGCCUACUAAAGUAAUUCAACUACCGAAUCAAACUAUAACAGUCCCGCGGCAUAGCAUAGAGAACGCUUCCGAAUUACUUUCUAGGAGAAGAGCUUUGAAUUCCAACGGUUUUGACAAACAGGAGGACGUUGCUCCAACGGUGCAAAGAGAAACGCCUAAAAGAACAGCAACGUUUAAGAAAGUGUCACCUAAAGCCAUCAGCAUGGAUACUACGAUGGUGUUUACGAAGCCUGAAGAGAAUCAGAUCAUAGAUAUCAACUCGGCGACCCUCAAUUUGAUCGAUUGCGAGAGGACGCUGCAACAAGAGGAGUGGAACGCCCAAGAGCGCGCCAUGGUGGGGUCCAACGAGAGCACGGACACGGGCACCUUCAGCUCGAGCAGCCCGCCGGAGCGGGUCACUGACCCCUCCUCUGUUGUCAGUGCGCGCACCCAACAAAUAGCAUCAACACCACUAACCGCCAUUAGAAAAGGCUCAAAGAACCCAAGAGAAGACUUACUCAACCUACAAAACACGAUAUCACCAAUAUACGACUUCCUAGAAGACAAAACUGCGAAGCAGAGCGACUUUGAACCCAACGCCACUAUAAAUAGUGCCACUAUGGUGAAGAAGAGUUCUGCUAAAAGGGAUAUUUUGGCUGGAAAGGCGAGUCCAGAGAAGAAAAUGGUGCAGCCUAAUGUUUAUGGGAAUGCUAACACUGGGAUGAGAACGAUUCCUGGUGUUUCUGGCUCCUGCGGCUCCAUGGCGCCCCCUACCGCGAUGCCGCGCAAGACGGGCCUGCCCACGUCCAAGCUGCGGCAGUACAGCUCGCACCGGGAACUCAAUAGGAUACCUGCGGCAUCCGCCAUUCCCCCGCGCAUUUCCGGCGGCGCUAAGGGCGGCAUGGCGCGGCGCGCCGUCUACUCCUCCAACCCGGCACUGUCCCCGCCGCCCGGCGGCAGCGACUCUUACAUUGUGCACCAGAUCCAGGACAAAGCGGAACAGGCCAACCCCGCGCCCGCGCCGCCGCCCGCGCUCGUGAGACAGGGCACGGAGACCCUGCGCCCCCGCCCGCAGAGCCAGCUCGUCGCGCCAAAAGAUCAUCGCGCGCCGCCGUCGCCCGCGCAUCACGCAAUUCCCACUCGAAGUCAUAACUAUUUGCCGGUGCCGACCGCUCGUCCUUACUCUAUAUCGGGCGCCUCUCAGCUGAAAGUGUCAAGACCUUCCACCGUGCCAACCAUACAGAGGCCUACAGUAACACAACCAGCGGCGGAGUGUCGGCCAUCGUCGGCGUCAGAGGGCCGCGGGUCCGCCCUGCCGCGCCCCACCCGCCUGCCCGCGCCCAGACGCGCCCUCAGACCACCGUCAGUAUACUCAGUGGCGCCAUCUGGCGAAUACGACCAUUACUAACAAGCAUCGAUCCCUGCGCCCGCGCACAAUAGGAUACGUAUCAAACUAAUCUAGUAAUAACAUUAUCCUAAUUAAUAAAUUAAUAAUAUGACUGAUAUAAAGAAACUCAGGUGUCUUUCUGAAUUUUUGUACUGAACUGAAAAAAAGGCGGAGUAUGUAUUUUUUCAUGUGAUUUGUAAAAGGACAAUAAGGCGACUCAUUUACUAUUGGCAAUUUUAUUAAUAUGUACCCACGUUUAAUAUUACCUAUUAACUAAAUACAUCGUUUCUGAGUAAAUUUUUCAAUACUUAUCUGUUUUAACAUAUUUCAAUUUUUAUAUUGGUGUUGACAUUAGAAAAUUUCUUACGACGAAAUUUUUAUUCAAUGUCUUAUUUUACUAAGGGGUGGCUCAUACUUUUCUUCUGUGACGAAAAGUUGAGAAUGUCUAACCUCUCUAUACAUAUAACAUUAUUAUUUUUUAUUUACUUACAGUGUGAUAAAUCUAAGAAGGUUUUUAGCAGCUUUACGUUUGUCAUGAGUUUUAUUAUUUACAUGAUAAAUUUAAAACAAAAACCUAUCUCUUAGAUUAUUGCACAGUAAAUUCAUCGAGUCUCCUUAGUCCUAAGUUAUUUAAAUGCUCUCUUGAUGAAUGAAACGUUUCGAAAGUUUAAUACUGAGAUUAAGUUUUUAUAUACAAUUCCUGUGGAAAAGAGAUUAUUCUAGAAUAAUAAUAAUUGGGUAAACUUAUUUGGAAUAUUAUCGAGCAGUGGAGACAAAACAAUGUACAUUUUUUUAUAGUGAAUCCGGAAAGUGUAUAAAAGCUUAAGCUCCAACCAAAAUUUGUAUUAAAACAAUGUAUUUAUCCACAAUUUGGUACAAAUACGAUUUAAGAUAUUUACUAUGUAUACAUGUUAUUGAAAUUAGGUGUGUAAAACGAGACGAAAAUCUUUUUAGUAAUUUAUUUCCAUGUAAGACAUUUUUGCAUUUUGUUUUUAUAGAUUGUACCUAUUAGUUAUGACUUAUUAUACUGUACGAUUUAUACAUACCUAUUUAUAUCACAACUAACUACUGUAUUUUAUGUAUUAUAUAAGUAAAUUGCAGAACUCAAAUAAAUAGCACAUGUCAACUUUAUGAAUAAAUGCUUGCAUAAAAACAUGGCAAAAUUAACGAAAACUCACACAAACUCGUAAAUAUAGCACAAUCUUGUAAAUUUGUGUAGAUUCGCACUAAUUUAUUUAUUUUUGUAACAUAUCAAACCUGCGUAACAUGAACAUAUCCGACCGAAGCCAAUAAAAUUUGGGUCAAAGAAAUCGUAGCAGUCACCUGAUUGGCCGACUGAAACACAGCAUCAUUCCCAUUGGAUACUGCGGCUAACCUCAGAAAUUUACUCAAUUUAAAUGGUAGGUAUUUUUUUACGCCAUUUAUACACUUUUACCUAGUUCAAAAGAAUGCUUGCAACAUGGUGCUUUCAAACAAACAGUAGUCCCCAAAAAUUAUGUUUUUAAAAUUUCACUUGUACAGUCUGAUCAUUGGUAUUUAAAUAUUUUUAAAUAAAUAAAUAAGAGUAUUUUUUGUUGCUUAUAAUAUAUAAUAUUGUGAACCAGUUUCCGAAUGCCUUGGCGUGAUUUGUUUCGGAAAAAACAUUGUUAAAUAGUUUUGGUGCUUUUUAAAUGAAAAGUCUAGAAAUAUACAUUACGUCUUAUCAGUUCUCGUUUCUACCAGCACAGAGUAGGUAUUCUAUCCACUAUCGUUCAACUACGUUCAACAGAUACCUACAACUACGAAUCAUAAAGUAUUCGCGUUAAGCUGCGUACAGACCGGCCCAACGAACGAAUUUCGUUGACCUUCGUUGCUGCAAUCUGCCCUGUAUUAUGUAUGAUAAAUAUCCAUCGUUGGGAUAACCGUUGGAGUUCGUUGGCCCGGUCUGUACGCAGCUUUAUGGUUCAUGCAACUCAUUUGCUCAAAUGAAAUAGUAUUGUACCCAUACAAAAAUAAUUACCUACUUGCUAUGAUAAACAUGCAAUAUUUAAAAAAAUAAUGUUACUUAUAUUAAACGUUUUAACAACUGGAUAAAAAUUAAAUUAUUACUACUAUACUGUACUCCCAUGUUAACUUAUGUAUAAACUGUAUUAAAAUGUUCAUAAUACCUAUAUUUUGUAUUGUAUCUUUUUUGCCGCUUUUUCGUCUACAUAUCCGUCGAGCCGUGGUGUUCGGGUGAACGCAUUGUGCCUUAUGUAGGUAGGGUAAGGAGUUUGUUUUCAUUUUCUAAUAAAGCAAUUAUGUAUUUACAA